UCUCUUCCGUUUCUAACAAACAACAACAGAGACUUGGAGCAGUUCCCCGCUGAUCUGUGGCUGUGCGGGGAUUCGAACACGCGGGGGGUCGUCGUUAUGCGUCUAACUCAUCAUCACAUUUAACUUCUGGACAUCAUUCACUGUGACGCCAUCAAACAUGGAGAAAUUUGAAGGCUACAUCUUCACCGCGCUGUGCAGCAGCAACUUCCUGAUCUCCUGCCUGCUGUUCUCCGCAGUGACCCGGGAGCAGAGGCUGCCCUACAUGGACGAGGUGUUCCACGUCCCGCAGGCGCAGAAGUACUGUCAGGGCAGAUUCACUGAGUGGGACUCGAUGAUCACCACCCUCCCAGGCCUGUACCUCAUCACCGUGGGAGUCAUCAAGCCCGUGGUGUGGCUGGCUGACCUGACGGGUGCGGUGGUGUGUUCCACGGCGAUGCUGCGCUUCGUCAACCUGCUCUUCAACUGCGGCAUCCUUUACCUGCUCUACCUGCUCAUCUGCAAGCUGCACCUCAAGGAGAAGACACGAACAACCUCACGCCGCAUCCUGUCAGCGUUGUCUCUCUCAACCUUCCCCGUGCUCUACUUCUUCAACUUCCUCUACUACACCGAUGCCGGAUCUACUUUCUUCAUCCUCUUCACCUACCUCAUGACCCUCUACGGUUGCCACAAGGCCUCGGCGCUCCUGGGUGUGUGCUCCGUGCUCUUCCGCCAGACCAACAUCAUCUGGGUGGCGUUCUGCGCAGGCACGCUGGUGGCUGCCAAAAUGGAUGAAGCCUGGCGGGUGGAGCAUUCGAAAAAAAGGGAUGAGAAGUCUCCGCCAUCCCAAGUUCCCCUGUCAUUCAGCGGAGCCAAGAAAAUAGUACUGUUCGCGCUGGAGUUCCUCACGUCACCCAGUCACCUGAAGUCGGUGCUGCUGGUGGCGUGGCCGUAUGCAGUGGUCGGCGUUGGUUUCGUGGUGUUUGGGGUGCUGAAUGAUGGGAUCGUGGUAGGUGACAGGACGAGCCACGAGGCUUGCCUCAAUUUUCCUCAGCUCUUCUACUUCCUCUCCUUCACCCUCUUCUUCUCCCUCCCCGUCACACUUUGUCACCACCGCGUCCUCCGCUUCCUGCAGUCUCUGAAGAAACAGCCUCUGCUCUUCCUCUUCAUCACCGGCGUCUCAUUGUUCCUGGUGUGGAAGUUCACCUUCGUCCACAAGUACCUCUUGGCAGAUAACCGCCAUUUCCCCUUCUACGUGUGGAGGAAGCUUUACCAGAGUCACGAGCUGGUGCGCUUCCUCCUUGUCCCUGUGUACGUGUUCGCCGGGUGGAAUUUUCUGGACUCCUUCAGGUCGCGCUCGCUCUUCUGGAGUUUGGCGUUCCUGGCGUGCCUCCUGGCGGCCACGGUGCCCCAGAAGCUGCUGGAGUUCAGAUACUUCAUCGUCCCCUACCUGAUGUACCGCCUGCACAUGCCCCUCCCUUCUCUUCCCAGACUCGGAGUGGAGUUUGCCCUGUACACGGUGGUCAAUGCCGCCACGAUUUACAUUUUCAUCACUAAGACUUUCCACUGGCCAGACAGCCCAGCCACGCAGAGGUUCAUGUGGUGAAGACAAGAGGCGAGUGAGGUAGUGCUUCUGGUGUCAGAUAUCAGGAGGUGCUGGACUCAAACAUUGAUUGGCGUCAAAGGAUUUUCCCAGAGAAGCACACAUGUGACAUCUCAAAAGUCAAAGCAAAACCUCUGUUACAUAUCAGUAACAGACAAAAAUGGCUCAUAUAUUCCUGUCAUUUCUGUUCAACUGGUGUUUCAUACACAGUUCAGCUAAAAUAUAUGCUUGGCUACAGCUUGUACUUAGAACUAGCAUUGCGAUAUUUAAAAUGAAGAGUAGAGUGGAACUCAGUAGAGCAAAUACUGCCGCCCACGGUCCUUAAAUUCAAUCAAGCACCCUGGAUCACACACACUCAUAGCUAUCCGACUCCUAACAAUGCCUGACGUUUUCUCAUAAAGAUUUCUGCGUUUUUUCUUGAGAAAUUCACAAAUAUGUCAAAUAUCAUGCAAUGUUAAAGAAAGUGAAAUAACAUUCCUGGUUCAACCACCUUAAUUAAAUCCGUUCCAAAAGUUAAAGGCUUCUUCUUUGGCUCAUGUCCCACUCUUCCACCAAGUCUCAAUAAAAUCGGUUCAGUAUUAUUUGCUUAUCAGACAUGGGUGGAGGUAAUGACUGAAAAACGCGUAGCACUGAGUUAAAUGUCCAGGUUUUUAGGCUUAUCGUGUAUUUUCACUGACAAAGGCUCCAAACCUACUACAAAGUCUGCCAGUUCACUGUGAAUCAGUUCAAAGUUACAUGGACACGACCAAGAAUAUUCAAAGUAUUGAUUUUGUACAAAUAAUGAUAACGUUUUUGGCUCAGAUGAUAAAGUGACGACAUUGUUACUGGUUUGAAUUGACUGUAUAGACCUUUUUCUACUGAACCUGAGCUCUUUGUGGUUUAACUGUUGAUUCUUCUCCAGGGUGGAAAAUAUAUAAUAUAUAAUGUAUUUUGUUUUUUUGCAGGUGUUUUUCUUAUGGUGAGCAGUUUUGUACUGUAAAUAUUGUGCAGCUCUAUGAAUCAAUGACUGUUGACACAUUGAAAUAUGAAAAAUAAAGAGACCAAAAAUGACAUAGCCAUAUAGAUAUAUACAGUGUGUUGUAAUGACUGACAUGAACACACAUAAUUGACGGACAACUUUAUUAUUAUUAUUUUUAAUAUUAUUAUUAUUAGACUAAAUUCAACCAAUGUAAUAUCCUUUUUGUUGUACCUUGAUUAGUACUUUGCCAAGCCAUAGGGACUCAGCAGAGGUGAUUCAGUAACGUGCUCAUUUAAGUGUUUGUGUCUUGAUAUUUAUUUGUUUUUUGUUUUUUUUACGCUUUGUGGUUUACUUGGAUCAGAUGAUGUCAUCACGAGCUUGGUGUGUUCCUGCCCAAUUAACUUAUUUAAUUUCCGGGUUGAGUUUCAUUGAGUUACUUCAGUUUGACUUUCUCCGAUUUAUUCAGUGUAAUUCAUCAUCUGUGUUUUUCACCUGUAUCUGCGUGUCGUUGCUGUGUCUGUUUACUUCUUUUCUGCCUAUGUAUCACACUUCCUUUCCAUCCGGCUGUUUGCUGCUCCCCUGCUGAUACAAUCUUAUGUUAAGAUUUGAAUAAAAUGACUCAUCCAAAA